AGCUAAUGUAAGAUCGUAAGUAAAGAGCAGAUUCAUUAGUUGGCCAGAAAGGAUGGCAUUGUUGUCAAUAUGUAGCAUAUGUUAUCUAUGGUGACAAAUCUAAGAAUCAUGGGGGUGCUGCUGGCUGGCAUAAGUAAGGUAGUGUCGUUCAAGAUCCCGAAAAUGCUGAUAUAAUUACAAAUGGAUCUCAUGUUGGAGUGAUUAUUAAAGUUGGAUAAACAAUUUACGUUUAUCAUGCUCCUGGAAUUAAUAGUCCAAAUCCUAUUAAAGCAUACCCAUAUGCAGAUUUUAUAAAAUAUGUGAUAAAGAAUGGAACAUUAAGAUAGUUAUGAAACC